UACACUGUUAUUUACAGCGACUUUACACGCAUUUUUGUAUAUUGUUUCAGUUUUUAAGGUAUAUCUAAACCUUUUCUGGGUGUUUUCUUCAUGCUUCUUGGAAGCGAUGGACCAGGAAGUCUGCAGUUUAAAGGCUUUGCUCAAAGACAAAGAAGAGGAGAUUUCUGCUCUAAAAAAUAAACUGGCACAGCUGGAACAGGGUCACGCCUCAGUCCUGAAGCUACAUGACAAAGUGACACCAAUCAGACCCCUGACAGUCAAAACGGCACUCAGCAACGAGGACAUCAUGCGAUACAGCAGACAGCUCCUCCUGCCUGAGCUCGGCGUGAAAGGUCAGCUGAACUUAGCCAAGACAUCGGUGCUGAUCGUGGGCUGUGGAGGACUGGGCUGCCCCCUGGCUCAGUAUCUGGCAGCAGCAGGCAUUGGGCGACUUGGUUUGUUAGACUAUGACGAGGUGGAGCUCAGUAACCUGCACAGACAGGUGCUUCAUGGGGAGGAGAACCAGGGCCAGGCCAAGGCUCUGUCUGCUGCUGGGUCAGUCAAAAGGCUAAAUUCCACUGUGGAGUGUAUUCCUUACCACCUGCAGCUCACGCCAGAGAACGCCUUGCAGCUCAUUCAGCAAUACGACAUUGUGGCUGAUUGUUCUGACAACGUUCCCUCUCGUUACUUGGUGAAUGACGCCUGUGUGCUGAGUGGCAAGCCUCUGGUGUCAGCCAGUGCCUUACGACUAGAGGGGCAGUUGACAGUGUAUAACUAUCAAGGAGGACCAUGCUACAGAUGUCUGUACCCCGUUCCUCCUCCACCAGAGACGGUGACAAACUGUUCUGAUGGAGGGGUGUUGGGAGUGGUUCCAGGUGUGAUGGGCUGCUUCCAGGCUCUAGAGGUCCUGAAAUUGGCCUCUGGACUGAGCUCCUCCUGCAGUCCGCAGCUGCUGAUGUUUGACGCCCAGAAUCUCAGAUUCAGGUCCAUCCGGCUGCGGCCCAAGCAGGCCGACUGUGCGGUGUGCGGAGACAACCCCAGUGUGACCCGACUCGUCGACUAUGAGGCUUUCUGCGGUUCCGCUGCCACGGAUAAGUGCCGGAAACUUAACCUCCUGUCCAAAGGUCAGAGGAUCUCAGUCCAGGAGUAUAAAUCAAUAGUGGACACCUCGGUGCCACAUCUCUUAUUGGAUGUGCGCCCUCUUGUGGAAGUGGAUAUAUGCCACCUACCCAUCUCUCUCAAUAUUCCUCUCUCCGGUUUAGAGGAGAGACGGAGCGAGGAUAUCCGGUUACUGCAGGAGAGAAUCAGCCAGCUGAAGCAGCAGAUGGCAGGUGACGGCCAGCCAGCAGUUUAUGUGAUCUGUAAACUGGGGAAUGACUCCCAGAAGGCGGUGCAGGUUCUGGAGAAGAUGAGUGGAUCAGAAGUGGAAAGUAUCGCAGUGAAGGACAUCUGUGGAGGUCUCAUGGCUUGGGCGAUGAACGUAGACCCAACGUUUCCACAGUACUAAAAUGUUUUCAGUCAUUUUCUGCUAAUAAACUACAAAGUCAUGCUUUUA